AAAUUACUAUUUGCGGCGCCUUAAAGUCAGGAAUAAGUUCGCCCGCGCGGCCAUGAUCAGCCAUGUGUUGCUAAUGCAACGAAGCAGCUGCCGCCACGUGCGGACGGCACGUCAAUCUCGGACAUGAAUGCUUCCAGUGCUGCGUGGAAGACCUCAACGGCGACUAGAUGGGAGAUUCGCACGGGAUAUUUCCUCAAUCGAGAAGUAGAAGCACGGCAGUGGGGGCUUGGGAAGCGAAUCUCAUGUCGCAGGUCGCGUGCAAAGAUGGCAAAAGCGAGGUGUGGUGGCCGAGUGUCGUGGACGGCCACCAAUGGGAAAGAGCGAGAUCAUCGCCGGGAAGUGGUCGCAGUGAUCUUUGCUCUGAGAGGAAACACAGAUCAGCAGCGGAUUCUGCGCCACCAGCCUGGGUUCGGGCAAGCCUGCCCACUGCGCGAUUUUCAGUUUUGGUGAGGCAUUUAUUUUCUUCCAAGGAUGAGGUCCCUUGGGGAUUCACCAACCGAAAUCUCGUGUUCAGUAGUCGCAAUCCUUCCUUGUGGGGGAGCAAGGACAGAGAGCGCGAGGGCUCCGCUCCUGCGUACGUUAGUCGCCCCGAACGAAGGACUCUCCUGCACGGCUCAGCUCACAGCCACGCUGACCAGUGAUGAGUCUGUCACAGGCUCACGACAGCCGAGCUCGCUCUCGAGUCGCCUGGAUGGGAAUAUGCUUUCGCAUUUCAUGGUCCUGUAUGUAACCCGUCGCUGAGCGGCACAGGCGAAAAUGAGGGCUAUCCCCGAUGAGAGCAAGCAUCCUUGGCUCGGUUGUGGCCCGAGCAAACCCUCAAAGAAAUGUGGUGCGAUGAGCCAUUUGCGACGGCCGUUCUGGCCGAUGCCCUGGAUGGAGUUUAGCACA